AUGGCAUCCAACGACAUUAUUUCUACUAACGUCCCUUCUAAGGUCCCUACUACCGAUACUGAGGAAUAUCCAGUCCAACAUACCCGCCCCAAUUCAGAACAUUCCUUCUCUAAGUUCGUGUUACCCUCCCCGCUACAUUUGGUCCAUCCUCCACAUUUGUCGUCGUUACCCUCCCUCUUCUGUAUGUUACCCGCCCUGUAUUAUACCUCACUUUUCCCACUAUUUCCUAUUUCGGAAACCUCGUUUUUCAUGUUCUUUUCUUUUUAUUCGUGCGACGUUACAUUCUCCUGCAUUCUCCUUUCUUUUUUCCACCUGCUAUUCCAGCUUCCUGUAUUUCUCAGAAUCCAUUUCCUAUUAUGGUAA